GAGGGGAGAGGGCGGCGGGAGCAGCGUUGCGGCAAUGAGCGCCGCCCGCCGCUGCAGCCCGCCCCGGGCGCUGGCAGGAUUAUUUGUCUGGCAUCUGAAGAACACUGGAAUACGGCAGGUACCAUGCCAGUUUGUGCAUCUAUGCCGUGUAGCCAAUAACAGAUUGAUUACAUUUCAGUACUUCAACUUUCUCAAACGAAUGUAUGUAACGCAAUACAACAAAGACCUCAGCCAACGAGCCAAACCUAAGUCAGAUUCAGUUGCAUCUCCUUUUUGUGACCUUCAGCGAUUGGAUCAAGAAAAAAAGGUUAUACACAAGAUUAGACCAAUUUCACCUGUUCAUCAACCUUUGUCUAAGACAUCAAACAGAAAUGAGUUGAGAGAAAUGAAGUCAGCUGCAGAAACUGAAGACUCAGUCACUCGAGUAAGAGCAGAAUCCAAAGAAGACAGACAAUGGAAAGAAAUGAAGCUACGACUGGAUGAUUUGCCAGGAAUUUUGGCACGCUUGUCCAAAAUUAAGCUUACAGCUCUGGUUGUAAGCACCGCGUCAGCUGGCUUUGCCAUGGCCCCGGUCCCUUUUGACCCGACGUGUUUCCUACUCGCCUCCCUUGGAACUGGACUGGCGUCCUGUGCUGCCAACUCCAUCAAUCAGUUCUUUGAGGUUCCAUUUGACUCAAAUAUGAACAGGACAAAAAACAGACCACUGGUGCGAGGACAGAUCAGCCCCCUGCUCGCCGUCUGUUUUGCUGCUUCCUGCGGAGUCCCAGGAAUCACACUGCUGACGCUGGGAGUAAACCCUCUCACCGGGGCCCUGGGAGCCUUCAACAUUUUCUUGUACACGUGUUGUUACACGCCCAUGAAGAGAAUGAGCAUUGCCAACACGUGGGUGGGAGCUGUCGUUGGUGCCAUUCCCCCCGUCAUGGGCUGGACUGCAGCUACUGGUAGUCUCGAUGCUGGUGCGUUACUCUUAGGAGGAAUCCUCUAUUCCUGGCAGUUCCCUCACUUCAACGCCCUGAGCUGGGGUCUGCGGGAAGAUUACUCCCGAGGAGGAUACUGUAUGAUGUCCGUCACCCACCCGGGGCUGUGCAGGCGGGUAGCUCUGCGUCACUGCUUGGCCUUAAUUGGACUCUCAACGGUGGCUCCUGUUCUCGACAUCACCACGUGGACUUUCCCCAUCAUUUCGCUCCCUAUCAACCUCUACAUCUCCUACCUCGGCUUUCGGUUCUACAGGGAUGCAGACCGCAGCAGCUCCAGGAAGCUCUUCUUCUGCAGUCUGUGGCAUUUGCCAAUGCUGCUGCUUGUCAUGUUCACGUGCAAGAAAUCGUUCCUAGAGAAGGAAGACAAAGGCGAUCCGCUUGGUGAAAGUCAUGGGAGGGCUAUGGAAAUUAGAUUGCCUUAAAUGUCAAUAACUUGUCAUCCUCGUGACACAUCAGGUAGUAUAUUUUAGUAAUUACAAGGGGGAAACCUGUGGGGAUCUGUCUGAAGAAGAAUCAUUUGUGCCUAGCGACCACUUCAUGCGAUAAUUUUGUUUUCUUCUGAAAGGGAAUAGACACGAGAGCUUAAAGCAUUCACGGGCGUUAGGCCCGUUCACUCAUCAUGGAUUACAAUUUAGCCUAUGUCAGAAGCACAUCACUUUGGGGUGACCUUCCAAAGCCUCCGUGAGUUGUGGUCUCUCAUCUUGUGGAUAGGUUUUUAGUUAGCAAGUCACAUGCGCACACUUAGUAACCGCCAGCACUGGCAGCCUUGGCGAAGCCGUCAGGAAGCGACAGAUGAAUGAUUUAUCACCCCUUCUUCCCAAGCAUCCUUUCCAAAUUAAGCUUUGAGGCACAUGGUGGGUUGGGUGUACUCUUCUUGUCUCAAUCCGUGCUGUCCCUGCUCUGAUAUUACGCGGAAGCCUUCAGUUUCUGAGGCUUUUUUCAAUCAGCUACUUUUCCCAAGGUUCCCAUUCACCCCGGUAGAUUUUUAGUUUUCAUACAGCUGGCACAAUGCUAAAGGAGUAAGAAAGCUGUCUUUCAGCACACUGCACAUCAGCAUUUAAACAAC